AUGACUCAAACUAUGGUUUCCUUGACUAGCGCCGUCCUCCAUCGAGAUACCCGCUUCAUCCCCAAGAAAGCCAUCGGCGGAAAAGGAAGCUACAUCUUCCUCGAAGAUGGUCAGAAAGUGCUUGACUCUACCGGUGGUGCUGCCGUUUCUUGCUUGGGUCAUGGCAAUGAGAAAGUCCAAAGGGCCUUGAUUAAACAAAUGAAUGAGUUGUCAUAUUGCCAUUCGGCUUUCUUUGGAACAAAGGCUUCGGAAGAUCUGGCUAGGUUGCUUGUUGACUCAACCGGUGGAAAGCUCUCAAAGCUCUAUGUUGCCAGUUCUGGUUUUUAUUCCCUCUCCUUUCUUAGUGGUUCCGAAGCGGUAGAAGCAGCCCUAAAACUAUCCCGCCAAUACUACCUCGAGCUACCCACACCGCAGCCCCAACGUACACGAUUCAUUUCCCGGCGUCCAUCCUACCACGGAAUUACACUUGGUGCCCUAGGAGCAGGAGGUAACUUCCUCAGACGCGAGCCAUUUGAACCUCUCCUGGCGCAGAAUAUCUCCCACGUCUCUCCAUGCUUCGCCUACCGCGGGAAGAAUGAAGGUGAAUCGGACGAGGACUACGUCACUCGUCUAGCGGCAGAGCUAGAUGCAGAGUUUCAGCGUGUUGGGCCGGAUACUGUGUGCGCGUUUAUUGCAGAGCCGGUCGUUGGUGCGUCCCUCGGCUGUGUUCCUGCACUCCCAGGCUAUUUUAAAGCCAUGAAAUCUGUCUGCGAGCGCUACGACACGCUCCUUAUUCUUGAUGAAGUCAUGAGCGGCAUGGGUCGCUGUGGCACUCUACACGCAUGGGAGCAAGAAGACGUGGUGCCAGAUAUCCAAACAAUCGCCAAGGGUCUUGGUGGUGGCUAUGCUCCCGUCGCGGGAGUAUUGAUUGGAGACCGUAUUGUACAGGCCCUGGACAAGGGGACUGGGGCCUUUCGCCAUGUACAGACGUACCAGGGGCACCCGAUUGCGUGUGCGGCGGCGUUGGCCGUGCAGAGGGUUAUUCAAGAGGAGAAUUUACUUGAGAACGUAAGGGAUAUGGGUGCUUAUCUGGAAAGAGGACUGAAGCAGAGAGUCAGUGGGCAUCCAAAUGUGGGCGAUAUCAGAGGGAAGGGGUUGUUCUGGGGUAUCGAGUUUGUCAAGGACAAAACUACAAAGGAGCCCUUCGACCCAGCAAUGUGUAUCGCAGCGCGGGUCUUAGAAACAGGGCUGUCUCCGGGAUACAACAUCUCGCUAUAUGCUGGAGGAGGAACGGUGGAUGGGGUCCAAGGAGAUCAUGUUCUUCUGGCGCCGCCUUACAAUGUGUCCAAGGAAGAGGUUGACUUUAUCAUUGAUACUACAGUGAGAGUUGUCGAAGAUGUUUUCAGGGGAAUCAAUUAGGAUCAGGAUAUUACUAGCUUUGCCUGAGAUAAUGAGAAUUUUUAAUCCAAACCCGACUAAAU